GCGGGGCCCAGGUCGGCGGGGAGGGGUCGGCUCUGCGGCGGCGCGCGCACACCCUCCCGGCUCACACGCCCUUGCCCGGCCGUGCACUUGUCUUCGCGCUCGGGCAGGGCGCAGAACUCCGGCCGCGGCGGCCGACUCCGGCCGGUCUCAAGGGGACAAGAAAGGCAGCAGCAGCCACUCUCUCUCCCAGCCAAGUGGUCACCAGCACGACUGAAGGGGACAGCCCCUUUGCAGUGGCUUGGCAAGGAGCCCCCUGCACCCUAGGGUCAGCGCAGGAGCCCCGCCGCUGAGCCAUGCCGGGCCCCAGGCGGCCUGCAGCGAGCCCAAGCCCUGCACCCAGGUAGUCAUGAACAGCCACAGCUACAAUGGCGGCGUGGGGCGGCCUCUGGGCAGUGGGCCAGGCGCCCUGGGACGAGACCCUCCGGACCCCGAGGCCGGCUGUCCCCCGCAGCCCCCGCACAGCCCGGGCCUCCAGGUGGUGGUGGCCAAGAGUGAGCCAGCCGUGCCCUCGCCCGGCAGCCGCCGGGGGCAGCCCCAGGACCAGGAUGAUGAGGAGGAUGAUGAGGAAGAUGAGGCUGGCGGGCGGAGGGGCUCGGGGAAGCCCUCAAACGUGGGCCACCGCCUGGGCCACCGGCGGGCGCUCUUUGAGAAGCGGAAGCGCCUCAGUGACUAUGCCCUCAUUUUCGGCAUGUUUGGCGUCGUCGUCAUGGUGACGGAGACUGAGCUGUCCUGGGGCGUAUAUACCAAGGAGUCUCUGUACUCAUUCGCGCUCAAAUGCCUCAUCAGCCUCUCCACGGCCAUCCUGCUGGGUCUCGUUGUCCUCUACCAUGCCCGGGAGAUCCAGCUGUUCAUGGUGGACAACGGGGCGGAUGACUGGCGCAUCGCCAUGACCUGCGAGCGCGUGUUCCUCAUCUCGCUGGAGCUGGCGGUGUGCGCCAUUCACCCGGUGCCCGGCCACUACCGCUUCACAUGGACAGCGCGGCUGGCCUUCACGUACGCGCCCUCGGUGGCCGAGGCCGACGUGGAUGUGCUGCUGUCCAUCCCCAUGUUCCUGCGCCUCUACCUGCUGGGCCGGGUGAUGCUUCUGCACAGCAAGAUCUUCACGGACGCUUCGAGCCGCAGCAUCGGGGCCCUCAACAAGAUCACCUUCAACACGCGCUUCGUCAUGAAGACGCUCAUGACCAUCUGCCCCGGCACGGUGCUGCUGGUCUUCAGCAUCUCCUCCUGGAUCAUCGCAGCCUGGACCGUGCGCGUCUGCGAGAGGUACCACGACAAGCAGGAAGUGACCAGCAACUUCCUGGGUGCCAUGUGGCUGAUUUCCAUCACCUUCCUCUCCAUCGGUUAUGGUGACAUGGUGCCCCACACCUACUGCGGGAAGGGCGUGUGCCUGCUCACAGGCAUCAUGGGAGCUGGCUGCACGGCACUCGUGGUGGCUGUGGUGGCCCGGAAGCUGGAGCUCACCAAGGCUGAGAAGCACGUGCAUAACUUCAUGAUGGACACUCAGCUCACCAAGCGGGUGAAAAACGCCGCUGCUAACGUUCUCAGGGAGACGUGGCUCAUCUACAAACAUACCAGGCUGGUGAAGAAGCCAGACCAAUCCCGGGUUCGGAAACACCAGCGUAAGUUCCUCCAAGCCAUCCAUCAGCUCCGGAGCGUGAAGAUUGAGCAAGGGAAGCUGAACGACCAGGCUAACACGCUCACAGACCUGGCCAAGACCCAGAGCGUCAUGUACGACCUUGUAUCGGAGCUGCACGCGCAGCAUGAGGAGCUGGAGGCUCGCCUGGCCACCCUGGAAAGCCGCCUGGAUGCCCUGGGCGCCUCUCUGCAGGCCCUGCCCGGCCUCAUCGCCCAAGCCAUACGCCCGCCCCCGCCGCCCCUGCCUCCCCGGCCCGGCCCCGGCCCCCCAGACCAGGCGGCCCGGAGCUCCCCAUGCCGGUGGCCUCCCGUGGCCACCUCGGACUGCGGGUGACGGCCCUGCCCGCCACCAGACCCCCUAAAUCUUGGCCAUCGUGUGGCCGCCACCUCCGUGAAGCCCUGUACCAUGGCGCCUCUUGGAGUUCAAGAAGCCAGCGCUGAGUCGGGCUGAGUGGACUGGGGCCUGCCCCGCCCAGACUGCCCGGGCAGAGGGCAGGGCUGGACCAUGGGUGAGGGCAGAGGAGCCCGGAGCUGCCUCUGGCUACCUGGUCCCCCGACUCUCCCCAGGCUCCAGGUGGGCAUGGAGCAGCCCAGGAGGGGUCAGUGCUCGUUCUGAAUAAAGCAGGACCCACCCACCCAGUGGCUGCCUGUGUGGGUGGCUGGGAGGUACCAGUAUGUCCCAGGAGGUAGGCCCCCAACCCCGGGCACCAAGAUGAAUGUGGGAAUCAAAGAAGCCCGUUCCUGUCACCGGCCUAGCCUAGAAGCCUAGCCUAGACGCGCCCUCUCCCUCUGGGCUGGAGCUCAGUCAGGGACAACUCUCUAGGGACAUCUGUGCCAGCCCCACCUGGCGCUGACAGCAAGAUCCCUCAGAGGACGUCGCCCAGCCCUGGCCGGAAGCAGCCCUCCCCUUCAGCCAAUCGUGUUGAUGGACACCCACCGUGUGCCAGGUCCCAGCAGGGCCUGUGGGGGAGGUGACCUGGGUGAGGAAGGUCAUUUGGGUUUUUGUGAGAUGUGUAUUGAGCACCUGCUGUCUACAGAGAAUGUGAUGCUGUCAAUUACCA